GGCAGUCGCAGUACAGUCGAGUACUUGAAGAGAGCAAACCACGGCAUGAUGGUGGUUUUAAUUCGCCGUCCGUCUGUUUCUUGUAUUUAUUAGGAAUGUUUCAGAUAUAUGGAGCUUACAAAACCAUGACUCUUUGUCAGGCGAGUUUCAAAUACUUUUUAGUUCAAUAUUACACAACAUUUAUCAACAAAGGGGCGAUUCUGAGUUUGGUGUUGCUGUACAUUUAUUAAAUUUAGGAUGCGGCUACAUGAGCUACACCAAUUACGUCUGAAGGAGUGUCACUUCCUAUUUGGCAGGAGGUGGAGAUAACGUUUAAGUUUCACCUCCAAUCUCGCAGACCUACGCUUUCUGACAUUUCGUGUCAAACAGGCAAACAGGGGAUUCCCAUUUUGCGAGCUGAUUAAAAACCAGCGACAUAACCUCAUGCUUUUGUUUUUAACACACGUUUGAACGGCUCAGCCAACAGCCACACUUGGCACACAGCGGGCUUCCUUGUUCCUGACGUUGUAACGAGACUUACCAUUGAAGCGCAACGCACAGCUAUGAAGAGCGUUAUGGGUGAAGAAUCGCAAAAUGCACGCGAAGAUGCCUUCAACGAUUAUUUGAUCUACUACCAGCAGGUUUGGCCGCAGGGCAAUCUUAGCCUCUGCCAGGAGACCGAAGUGGCAGAAAAAGCUAGGCGCUUUUUGCUGACAGAGACCAAUCCAGAUUCAAGGUUCACGGUGUUUGGCUUCUACCGGACUGUCUCCGAAUGCGUAACGGAGGGCAGGAGAGAAUGCCGGGAUGUCCUCAAGGACCUGGUCAAAGCCACUGAAGUUUUGGAGAUGCUCUGUGUCAACCUCUUUCUGUUUCCUUGGAAGAAAGAGAUCAAAACAUUGAAGACCUUCACCGGCCCGUUUGUUUACUGGAUCAAGCCAGUGCUGCCACAAGGCAUGGUCAAAAGUAUCCUGGAGAGUAUAGGAUAUCGCCCGGAGACGGACAUGGAGUACCGGCUGGACGCGAAUGUGGAUCCUGGAACGGCCGCCCGGAUGGGCUUCGAGCUCUUCCUGGCCCGGCAGGAGUGCGAGUACCUGCUGGAGGUUAUGGGCCAAAGCGGGUGCUGGGAAUUUGACCCGGUCCUCAUGCAGAGGUUCCCACAGGCCCCCCUUUGCCCCUGCGAGGCCAGCGAAGGUGUGCGGGAGGACCUGGGGGCGGAGCCAGCUCCUGCAGACAGAGAGAAUACCUCGCUCCACGUCAGCAGGAAGGAGGAGGAGGAGGAGGAGGAAGGGGAGGAGGAGGAGGAGCUGGACAGAGGGCACUCUCUGGUCGAUCCAGGGGAGGAGGGCCGUCCUGAGGAGGGCCUGACUUCGGCCGGGGCGGCGGGAGGGGGCGACGAGGGUCCGGAAGUCCCCCGGAGCCUGGAGUUCCCGCCCCCGAACGGGGCGGGGGAGCCCGUGGUCGGGCCAGCGCGCAGCCUCCUGACGGACGACGGGUCGAUACGGGAGAUGCGGGAGCAUUACCCCGACCUGACCUUCCGACAGAAGCCUGUGUUCGGGGAGCCGGCGGGCCCGCCCGCGGGGCAGAAGAGGGAGAAGGCGGGACGGAGGACCCCGAAAGGGGGCUCCACGGUGGGCAGCGACCUCUGCGCGGCCCCAUCGGUCGCCAGGCUGCCCGAGUCCCGCCCAAUCGCCGGCGCGACCGCGGGGUCGCCCAAGCCGGGGAGACGCCCCCCUGACGACCACGCCCAGGAGAAAGAGCCCGCGGAAACGGAGACGUGCCGCGCCCAGGGGGCGGGGCCCAGAGCAGCGCAGGGGGCGGGGCUCAUAGGAGCCCAGGGGGCGGCGCCGGAGAGCGGCCAGGCCUCUGCGGACGAGUGCCUGGUCUCCGAGCUGGCCGAGAGGAUGGGCCAAAUGACCGUGAAGGAGCACCGCGCCGACGCCGAGCUCAAGUACCCCGUGGAGGAGACCGCCUGGCAGGACGCCAGGCGUUGCCGCGAUGACGGCGGCAGAGCCACGCCCCUCGGCUCGCCCAGAGACAAGGCCCAGCCGGUGCCGUGCCACCCUUCCCAGGUCCCCCAGUUCGGCGUCCCCGGCUGCCGCGAGUGCUCGCCGUGCGACGCCAUCAAAGAGCCCCCGCAGUCCUACUACAUCCCGCCCCCUUGUGAUGCCAUGUGUGCCCCUUCCCAGGGCCACGCCCAGCAGCCGGAGGAGGAGCUGCUGGAGACGUACGUUUUGGUGGAGCGCGAGCAGAAGGAGGCGUAGCCUCGCCCUGGAGCGCGGGCGCUAGCUCUGCGCUGCCUGAAGGACUGAGGCUUAGAGCCGAACUCAGGCUAAUCAGCUAGCUCUGCCUUUUACAUGUUCUGUUUACCGCUCUAACCCUUCUUAUUGUUAAGAAUAAGUUAGUUCUUUUUUCACUUCAGAUGCCACCUUUGACUUAAGUCUCAUGCUGGAGUGUCAGUAUUUUGGGGGGGAAAAAACCACACUGUUAUCAGUUCGCUCAAAGCUUAGGACAGUGCAUAUUAGUUAUAUUUAAUAUAGGCCACAAUGUGGUAAUUUCACCUACAGAUACAUUGACAUCUACAGGUGAGAUUGGCGCCUGGUCAGUGGCAACAUGCACUAGACUGAGUAUAAUAUACUGACUUUUUGUGGCUUAUAGUUGGUUCAUGUUCAUCAAUGUGUAAUGGCUGUCUUGUACAGGGAAUCUUUACAUUACCAAUUUUUUCUUUUUGCUUUGCACUGUAUCUCAGGUGAAGGAACAUUACAGAUAUCUACACUUUUACAAUGUAUGCUAUUAGGUACUGUAUGUGAGGUUUGAACCGAUAAUGCUGAAGCAAAUUUGCACUUAAAGGGACAGCACUGUUCUCAGUGUUUCAGUUUCUGACCGUGCCUUAGUAUAUUUCUUCUCCAAACCAAAGAUUCUGCUGAUGAUUUUUGUUUGGUGAUUUCAUGACAACUACUGAGUAUCAUGAUUUUCUGAUACGACCCCACAUACGGCGUGAUCCGUCCGAUGUAAAAGAUUAAAGCCUCUUGGUGCUACACCAUA